AGAUCGCGGGGAGAGUGUUGUAGCCGCUAUGUUGGAAUUCGCUUGGUAGGGCCCAAGGUCGGGCAAAAGUGGAUCCGCUGUCUAUUCUUGUGACCAGCAGUAGCUUCUGGGGAGCUUUAAGCCCCGAGGGCCUGGCGCAGCGGUGAGGCCGAACUGCUUUGUGGCCUGUUUGAUUCCUAGCAGAAGUUUACUUGUCCAAGUCAGUAGAGAAGAUGCAUAUUAAGUCAAUCAUUCUUGAGGGAUUUAAGUCCUAUGCUCAGAGAACUGAAGUCAAUGGUUUUGACCCCCUCUUCAAUGCUAUCACCGGUUUAAAUGGUAGUGGAAAAUCCAACAUACUGGACUCCAUCUGCUUUUUGCUGGGCAUUUCCAACCUGUCUCAGGUUCGGGCUUCUAAUUUACAAGAUUUAGUUUACAAAAACGGGCAGGCGGGGAUUACCAAAGCCUCCGUGUCAAUCACAUUUGAUAAUUCUGACAAAAAGCAAAGUCCUUUAGGAUUUGAGGUUCAUGACGAAAUUACAGUAACGAGGCAGGUGGUUAUUGGUGGUAGAAAUAAAUAUUUAAUCAAUGGAGUAAAUGCAAACAAUACCAGAGUACAAGAUCUCUUCUGUUCUGUUGGCCUUAACGUUAACAACCCUCACUUUCUCAUCAUGCAGGGCCGAAUUACAAAAGUGUUGAACAUGAAACCUCCAGAGAUUUUAUCCAUGAUAGAAGAAGCAGCUGGAACCAGGAUGUAUGAAUACAAAAAAAUAGCUGCCCAGAAAACUAUAGAAAAAAAAGAGGCUAAGCUGAAAGAAAUUAAGACGAUACUUGAAGAAGAGAUUACUCCAACCAUUCAAAAAUUGAAAGAGGAAAGAUCUUCCUACUUGGAGUACCAAAAAGUAAUGAGGGAAAUAGAACAUUUGAGCCGUUUAUAUAUUGCUUAUCAGUUUUUGCUGGCCGAAGAUACAAAAGAACGCUCAGCUGAGGAGUUAAAAGAAAUGCAAGAUAAAGUUGUAAAGCUUCAAGAAAAAUUGUCUGAGAAUGAUAAAAAAAUAAAAGCACUUAGUCAUGAAAUAGAAGAAUUGGAAAAAAGAAAAGAUAAGGAAAUUGGAGGUAUACUCCGGUCUUUAGAAGAUGCUCUUGCAGAAGCUCAGCGAGUUAAUACGAAAUCUCAAAGUGCCUUUGAUCUCAAGAAGAAAAAUCUGGCAAGUGAAGAGAACAAACGCAAAGAGCUAGAAAAAAAUAUGAUUGAGGAUUCUAAAACUUUAGCAGCAAAGGAGAAGGAGGUUAAAAAGAUAACAGAUGGGCUGAAUGCCCUUCAGGAAGCAAGUCAUACAGAUGCGGAAGCUCUGGCUGCGGCACAGCAGCACUUCAACGCCGUUUCCGCUGGACUGUCUAGUAAUGAAGAUGGCGCAGAAGCAACUCUUGCUGGUCAAAUGAUGGCCUGUAAAAACGACAUAAGUAAAGCUCAGACAGAAGCCAAACAGGCUCAGAUGAAGUUGAAGCAUGCCCAACAAGAAUUAAAGACUAAACAAGCUGAAGUUAAGAAGAUGGAUAGUGGCUACAGGAAGGAUCAAGAAGCUUUAGAAGCUGUGAAGAAACUUAAAGAAAAACUUGAAGCUGAAAUGAAAAAGCUAAAUUAUGAAGAAAACAAGGAGGAAGGACUUCUGGAAAAGCGCAGGCAGUUAUCUCGUGAUAUCAGUCGAUUGAAAGAAACCUAUGAAGCUCUCUUAGCCAGAUUCCCCAAUAUUCAAUUUGCCUACAGGGAUCCAGAGAAGAACUGGAAUAGAAAUUGUGUGAAAGGACUUGUAGCUUCUCUGAUUAGUGUGAAAGAUACUUCUGCAACCACAGCUUUAGAAUUAGUGGCUGGGGAACGGCUCUACAAUGUUGUAGUAGACACAGAGGUUACUGGAAAAAAGCUACUUGAAAAGGGGGAUUUGAAACGUCGAUACACUAUAAUUCCACUGAAUAAGAUCUCAGCCAGAUGUAUUGCUCCAGAAACUCUGAGAGUCGCACAGAAUCUUGUGGGCCCGAACAAUGUUCAUGUGGCUCUUUCCCUUGUUGAAUAUAAACCAGAACUUCAGAAAGCAAUGGAAUUUGUCUUUGGAACAACAUUUGUUUGUAAUAAUAUGGAUAAUGCCAAAAAAGUGGCUUUUGAUAAAAGGAUAAUGACUAGAACUGUUACUCUAGGAGGCGAUGUAUUUGAUCCUCAUGGGACAUUGAGUGGAGGUGCUCGGUCCCAAGCAGCUUCUAUUUUAACCAAGUUUCAAGAACUCAAAGCUGUUCAAGAUGAGCUGAGAAUUAAGGAGAACGAGCUACAGGCUCUAGAUGAAGAAUUAGCAGGUCUUAAAAAUACAGCUGAAAAAUAUCGCCAACUGAAACAGCAGUGGGAGAUGAAAACUGAGGAGGCAGAUUUAUUACAAACCAAACUCCAGCAAAGCUCCUAUCACAAGCAACAAGAAGAAUUAGAUGCUCUUAAAAAAACCAUUGAGGAAAGUGAGGAGACUUUAAAAAACACCAAAGAAAUUCAGAAAAAAGCAGAAGAAAAAUAUGAAGUAUUGGAGAAUAAAAUGAAAAAUGCAGAAGCUGAAAGAGAGAGAGAACUGAAGGAUGCUCAGAAAAAACUGGAUUUUGCCAAAACAAAAGCAGAUGCUUCUAGCAAGAAAAUGAAAGAAAAACAACAGGAAGUUGAAGCUAUCACUCUGGAGCUGGAAGAGCUCAAGAGAGAGCAUGCAUCCUAUAAACAACAGCUUGAAGCUGUGAAUGAAGCUAUCAAAUCCUAUGAAGGUCAGAUUGAAGUAAUGGCAGCUGAGGUGGCUAGAAAUAAGGAGUCCGUAAAUAAAGCUCAAGAAGAGGUAACCAAGCAAAAAGAAGUGAUAACAGCCCACGACAGUGUAAUUAAAGCUAAAUAUGCCGAAGUAGCAACACACAAGGAACAAAACAAUGAUUCUCAGCUUAAAAUUAAGGAAUUGGACCACAACAUCAGCAAACAUAAACGUGAAGCUGAAGAUGCUGCUGCAAAGGUCUCCAAAAUGUUGAAGGACUAUGACUGGAUUAAUGCAGAGAAGCACCUCUUUGGGCAACCUAGUAGUGCCUAUGAUUUUAAAACCAACAACCCAAAAGAAGCUGGUCAGAGGCUUCAGAAGUUGCAAGAAAUGAAGGAGAAAUUAGGAAGAAAUGUCAACAUGCGAGCCAUGAACGUUCUGACAGAAGCUGAAGAGCGGUAUAAUGACUUGAUGAAGAAGAAGAGAAUUGUAGAAAAUGAUAAAUCCAAAAUCCUUGCAACUAUAGAAGACCUUGACCAGAAGAAAAACCAAGCCCUAAAUAUUGCUUGGCAAAAGGUUAACAAGGACUUUGGGUCUAUUUUUUCUACUCUUUUGCCUGGUGCUAAUGCUAUGCUUGCACCACCAGAGGGGCAAACAGUAUUGGAUGGUCUGGAGUUCAAGGUUGCUUUAGGAAAUACUUGGAAAGAAAACCUAACUGAACUUAGUGGUGGUCAGAGGUCUUUAGUGGCUUUGUCAUUAAUAUUGUCCAUGCUCCUCUUCAAACCUGCUCCAAUUUACAUCCUGGAUGAGGUAGACGCAGCCUUGGACCUUUCUCACACCCAGAACAUCGGACAGAUGCUGCGGACUCAUUUCACACAUUCUCAGUUCAUUGUGGUGUCCCUAAAGGAAGGUAUGUUCAACAAUGCAAAUGUCCUUUUCAAAACCAAGUUUGUGGAUGGUGUUUCUACAGUAGCCAGAUUUACUCAGUGCCAAAAUGGAAAGAUUCCAAAGGAAACCACAUCCAAGGCAAAAGGACCCAAAUGACCACUGUUGGAAGAUAAAAGUACAGAUUUACCUUGACCUGUUUUUUAAACAUAAAGACCUUGGGAUUUACUUAUUUAUGUAAAAAUGUAAUGUUGUUUUGUCACUUAACCUGUAUUUUCCUUUAUGUAAUCACUUAUAAAUGAACAUAGAGGCCUCUUUUCUUAAUCAGUGUAACUAUGGUCCAAUUACUGUGAUUGUGAUUUUAUACAUAUCCUCAAAUGUUUUUUCUUACAUAAUUUGUUAUACUAGGGAGCCCAAGAUACCUGGCUAGUAGUGAAUUCUGUUUGUAAAAGCAAAAAAUAAAAAGAAACAGAUGGAAUUAAGUUAUAAGAUAAAUAUAGCUGAUAGUCAGCUUUUGAUUAGUUUAAUUCCUAAGGUAAUAUUAAUGUGUUUUCUGUUAUUAAGCAAAUCAUUUAGGUAAAAAUUAUAAACCAAGUAUCUGGACCAACAAAGGGACACAAAGCAGUUAGGCGGGCAUUGAGCUAUUUGUUGUUAGUUCUGUGAAGAUACAGUGAAUGACAGAGCCCUGAUUGAGCCUCAGGAAAUGUUUUGCAAGAUUUCUCUCACUUUAAUGAUGUUUGGAGAUCAUGUUUCUAUAUGCUUAGUAAUUGGUCUGUGCAAUCUUAAGUUUUUAAAAAAUCUUUAAGAGUAUUUUAAUAGAAGCCUGGGAGGUGUGUUUCUUGCUGCCCUCCUAGUUUAUCUGAAGUCUCUGUUUUCGAAGGCUUUUGUUAGCUUUUUCCAUAAUCCAAUCAGUAGCAACCUAGUGGUGAAUGAGAAUAUUGGAGCCAACACACUAAACCAGAUUUAUCUUUUUCCUUCAGUCUGAUGGAUAAAUAGGUCCAUCUACCAAAGGAACUCAAAAUUUGAUGAUUCUUCUAUUUCUUAGUGUCUUUUGCUUUCAGUUCAAAAGGCUGAAGUUCCUUUAAGAACCCAAAACCACUGACAAACACCGUUAGCUUAGUAUGUAUAGUUCUUAUCAUCUCCAGGGAUAGCACCAGAGAGUCUCCAGCCUGAGUCUUAAGGCUCUCACAUGAUCUUGAAUGUUAUUUUGGCCCUGUGUCCCUUCUCGAUACUUCAGUCUCAGUUCCUUUAUGUUACCUUCCCUAAUACAUGCUUAGGGCUCUUGGCCUUGGCCUUAACAUUCCUCAUCUUUCUCAUACAGCCUUGAGGAUGUCAGAUAACGUCCAGAUAACUGAUACAAUGGUACACAUUGGAAAUGAUUAAAUCUGGAAUUAGUUCUGUCCACUGUCUCCCCCUCUCCUCCCAAAGUUAUAAAUGCUGUGUUACAGGAAGUCUAAUAUCAACUCUAACAGACAGGAGUUUAUUUCCUUUCAAAUGUAUUGCAGCUUGUUUGCCAAAACAGUUCUAUCAGCUCCCAUAUCACUCAGAUCACAUACCUGUCAACCACAACCCAGUCAGCAGUCGCUGUCGGUUUUAGCACUUCUGAUUUGCUAGUUAUAAAAUGGCACUUCAUUGCUACUUUAACAUUUGAUAAAUAAUGUGUAAGGUUGAAUAUUUGGACAUCUGAACUAAUUUUCUUUACUACUUUUGUAUUUGCAUCCUUAAUUUUUGUCCUAUAUAUAAUUUUGCUUUUUGAUGAAAAUCCUCAAACAUACUAUAUUUUUUGUUGAGUCACGUAAGUGUAUUUUGAUUAGAAGAUGACAUGAUGGGAAGACUUCAAAGGUCUGCAAUAACAUGAGCUGCCUUUACUGAGCUCUCUCUAGACAUCAGAUGCUAUUCUCCUUUGUGUAUGUUUUCACAUUUGCGAUAAGCACUGUUGACCGGCACACAGAAUUAAGGAAGUUGAAUGGAGCAGAAGAGUUAACAGACUUGUCCGCGGUGAUAAUAGUGAGAGGCAGAGCCAGGACGCCCGUCUUGGCGGUUGGGCCCCAGAAUCCGUGACAUAUUACCUUUCUGACAGUUUGAACAUUUGUGUUCAUUGUACAUAAUAAAUUUAAGACACACCUGGAUGAGCAGUAUGAGAAAAUUAUUUCUAGGAAGAAUGUCAAACAUUUGAAAAGGAUUCCUUAUGGGGUUUUUUUGUUUGAUUUUGUUGGGUUUGGGCAUUUCAGGUAUCCUAGCAAAUCCAAAAGCAAAAACUUGAGACUCCCUCUUCUGACCUGGUAAAGUAAUCGGAUAGGCCAACCACUCCCGCAGUGAGCUCGUCUACAAAUCAGGACAGGUUUUCUUCCUUUGUGAUCUUUGUGCCUUUAUUUCCCUUUCUUACUGUAGUGGCUUGAAGUUCCAGCACUGUGUGGUGUAAGUAAGAGCUGGCGUUAUCUGCCUUUUUCCCAGGAUUCUGAGGAAAGCGGUCAGUCUUUCACCACCCAAGUAUAAUGUUAGCCAUAGGCUUUUGGUGUGUAUUCUUUAUCAAGUUAAAGACAUUUCCUUCUGUUCCUAGUUUGGUCACUUUUAUCAUGGAUGGGUUAUGGAAUUUUAUUCAUUCCUUUUUCUGCAUUGUUAUGAUCAUGUAACUGCUUUAACCUGUUAAUAGUAUGAAUGACAUUGCUUAAUUUGUGAUUAAACCAGCCUGGUAUUCCUGAAUUAAACCCUACAUGGUCAUGGUCCAUAAUUUUUCCUUA